GAUUAAAAAGAGAAGGAAUUGUUUUUCAGAAAAAGAAAGAAAAAAGAAAAUUCAAUUCGAGUUUUGAUGGGAGAGAGAGAUUCGUGGUGUGCACAUAACAUAGUUUGGUGAAAAUGGUAACCACAAUAAACUCGCUUUCGGGUGGUGGUUUGUUUAUGGUUAUGCUAUAAUUGAAAUUGAGAGCUCAACCCUUGCCUUCUCCUUCAACACCAAUUUCAACCCAUCUUCUUAUCUCAGUUCGCGCCAUACAGAAAGAUCUCUUUCUCAUGGCUAGAGCUGGCGGAAUUACUAACGCUGUAAACGUAGGGAUAGCGGUUCAAGCUGAUUGGGAAAAUCGCGAAUUCAUCUCUCAUAUUUCCAUCAAUGUCCGUCGUCUCUUUGAUUUCCUCGUCCAUUUCGGAAUAUUCGGGUUUCUAAUUCAUGUCCUUGUUUCAUUAGAGGCAACAACAAAGAGCAAGUUGGCAUCUUUGAACGAGAAACUUGAUACCCUCGAGAGGCGGCUUGAAAUGCUUGAAGUCCAAAGUAAGGUUAGCUAGAUGGCAAACAGACACCAUGGAUCACAGCACCAGCAGCAUUGGUCAACAAGACAGCAGCAGCACAGAGCAGCAAGACUGAGAAAUAAGAUAGAGAGAAAAUAUUAGGUUGUUAUAAACAUUAGGUUGGGGUUUAGAUGAUUGAAAUUACCAAGCCUCCAGGCAUCCGGGCCCCUGGGGAGGAGCGGCUGCAUACUGUGGUGGCGCCACCACUGGAGGCGGCGGCGGCCCCUGAUAGUAACCUUCACCGUAGUAAGGAUAAGCAUACUUGCCUUGGCUCAUCUUUCACUUCAUGCAGAUCAAAACCCAGAGCAGAUUUUAUGUGAUAUUAGCAUUUGGAUUUGUGUUCGUUUGAAUUAGAAAGAGAGUUUUUAUGGUUGUUUGUUGUUGCCAACGUGGCUUUGCA